GGCCAGGGCUGCGAGACAUGAAGGCGCAGUGGAGCAGUAUAAUACCGGCCAUCACCGACACCUGGGCAGAGAACGCUGACUGCAACGGAUUCGGAAGUGUCACGUGCAACGGUGCUGGCUUCGUGACAACGAUAGACUUGAAACAAAACGAUCUAACGGGCUCCCUUCCUGCGACCAUUAGCGUCUUCAACAGCCUCGAAUACCUCUAUAUAGAGGAAAACUAUUUAUCGGGCUCACUCCCAUCGACCUUCUCCAAACUCGUUUCUCUGAAGGAAUUCGUCGCCAAUAACAACCAGAUCAGUGGGCCCCUGCCUGAUGGUAUCGGUGCUCUCACUAACAUGUACCAGCU